AUGAAUGAGAAUACCCCACCUACUGACCGAGGUGGUAAAGUCGUCCACCGAAGGGCCCAUAGAAAGUCACGUCAUGGAUGCACGUUCUGCAAAAAAAGGAGGAUCAAGUGCGAUGAGCAAAAGCCGGCUUGCACCAACUGCGUCAGGCGAUCGCUGGUGUGCAGCCUUGGCACAAACCAGAGCACUGCUUCCAGCCCAGCUUCGACGGCGUGUGUGGCAGCAUCCGUCCGGUGCUGUGCAACCACUCUAGAUGUGGGCGAUUUUGAGCUGUUUCAUCAUUUUUGCCAUGUCACAUCUAAGAGUUUCAGUAACGAGCAAGCCACCCAAUACUUCUGGAGCGUUACAGUCCCGAGGCUGUCUUUUAGACACCAGUUUCUUCUCCAUGCAGUCAUUACUCUAGGCGCGUUGCACCUACGUCACAUGAAGUACCAGCUUGAGAGAGACAUGCCUGCCGGCCUAUUGGACAAGGCUAAUGUGCAUUGGGAAGAGGCCCUGAGGCUUGCCUCGCCGCUUCUCUCACGCGUCACUGAGUCAAACUGUGCCGCACUCUAUCUCUUUGCAACAAUAACUUGCUUGCAUACAUUUGCCCUCGGCCCAUACCCAGGAGAGCUUCUUAUAUUCAACCAGAAUGGCCCAUCGCACUGGCUGACACUUUUUCGCGGACUUCGGUCAAUCGAGCAAGCAUGCGACUUCGCAAGUGUCCAGAACGAGGAACUGCACCCAAUACUCCCGCUCUCUGGCUUAGAGUUGAACAAAGUUCCAGUCAAAGCCCUCGAUCCAUCCAUCCAAGAAGCUCUAGGGGCUUUAGCAUCCUUCGUAGAUAUCAACGUCACGAAGGAUGACGAGCGGUGCGAGAGCCUGGUGGAAGCUCUCACGCUUCUGCGUAGGUGCUACACACUGGUGCAUGACGAACCAGCGCAAGUCUCGGCUUACACAGUCUUCAGCUGGUUACAUCGUGUAUCGGAUCAUUACCUGAAACUGGUACAGGCCACUGACCCAGUGGCGCUGCUACUCUUUUCAUACUUUGUGGUGUUGAUCAAGCGAUUAGAGUGUGCCUGGAUGGUAAAAGAUUGGCCUACACAUCUCAUGUCAGAAAUCUACGCUUGCAUGCCACUUGCGAAACGUUUCUGGCUGAGCUGGCCUAUGGAGCAAGUCGGCUGGCUGCCGGCUGAAUGA